AUGCUGCCCAAGGAUGUCAGUAGUGACGGUGGUGGAGCAGGUAACAGUGUGAUAGCACAGGCAGGUAACAGUGUGAUAGCACAGGCAGGUAACAGUGUGAUGGCACAGGCAGUUAACAGUGUGAUGGCACAGGCAGUUAACAGUGUGAUGGCACAGGCAGGUAACAGUGUGAUAGCACAGACAGGUAACAGUGUGAUAGCACAGGCAGGUGACAGUGUGAUAACACAGGCAGGUAACAGUGUGAUAGCACAGACAGGUAACAGUGUGAUAACACAGGCAGGUAACAGUGUGAUGGCACAAGCAGGUAACAGUGUGACAGCACAGACAGGUAACAGUGUGAUAACACAGGCAGGUAACAGUGUGAUGGCACAGGCAGGUGACAGUGUGAUAACACAGGCAGGAAGUGUGUUGACCUGGCACAGUGCCAAGGGACGGCACAGCACCCUGUGUGUUCCAACGGCCACCACUGGUGCUGGUGCUGAGCUCUCCAGUCUGGCAUCAAGGAGCGUUACAGAUCAAAAGAAGAAGAGGAAGGAAGUCUCUGAGGAAGACUCAUCAUCAUCGCUCCAGUCCAGUACCCAGGCCGAGACCAAGAGCUGUGGGGUUGCUGUGCGGCACAACGAGCGUGGGCUGCAGUGUGACAGCUGCCAGGUGUGGCACCACGUCAAGUGUGAGCAGGUGGAGGAUGGGGUGUACGAGGCGCUGAAGAGGCAGCAGGGCACCCUGUGGUUCUGCACACCCUGCAACCCCAAGGGUGACGGUGAAAAUUGA